CCUUUAUUUUUUAGGAGUCGCUAAAAGCCUUUCCAUAAUAAGCGCGUUUGACAGAGCUCGAUGGAAAUGUGCGAACGGAAUCAUCCUUUGAAUGCCGGUUAUGUUGGUUCUCUGCUGAAUUUCCCUCCUCCGGAGUCGCUGUAUUUCUCCAACUUCCAGCGGGGCAAUGGAGCCCACAUCCCCGCGCUCCACCCGCUCCCCUACAACAGGAGGGAUGUGUGCACGCUCCCGUGGACAUCCUCAAGUUCAUGCACGCCGCCACCACAGGGCCACCACCACCACCGUGGCUUCGGAGGAUACUCCCCACCGUUCCUCUCCGGCCCGGUGUCUCUGAACCCCGGCCUCUCGGCCAGCAGCCCGGCAAAAGGCCCCGCGGACGAGCCGAACCGAUACUGCUUUCAGGACUCGACCCAUAAGGCUCUUGAGGAAUCGGGUAAACAAUCGCACCUUUUCGUGGAGGACCAUCAUGGGAUUCCCUCCGCCCGCAGAUCUUCCAGCAGAUACGAGUAUUCGGAUCCCUCGGACGGUCGCCCUGCAGCGUCUAUAACCUCACUUGAUCCGAAUUCCGUGAACGCAGCGAGUGUGCACGGCCGGAGCCAGAACUCAGUCCAUCAGUCCUCCAGCGCGUCAUGGUGCUCAUCCCAAACCAGGACGAGGAAGAAGAGAAAGCCUUACACCAAACCGCAGCUCGCUGAACUUGAGAAUGAGUUCAUGAUGAAUGAGUUCAUCAACAGGCAGAAGAGGAAAGAGCUGUCGCACAGACUGGACCUGAGCGAUCAACAGGUGAAAAUAUGGUUUCAGAACCGCCGGAUGAAGAAGAAACGAUUGAUGAUGCGGGAGCAAGCAUUCUCGUAUUAAAGAAAAUACUAAAUAACAGGGCUCAGCGUUUUCAUCUGCUCGGACCACGGCGGCACCAAAUUCGUAUUAUUUGUAUUAUUUGUAGGUUAUAAAAGUUUUUCCUUCCCACGCAUGCAUCACUAUGAAAUGGAAUAUUUAUGAAAUGUGAUGACAUUCCUGUAAAAAAGUGUGACAAGGAGUCAGAAAAAAAUUGAAGAGAUUUAUCAUACAUGAGAUUAAAUAAAAAUCUAAGCAUCCUGAUGAACUAUAGAUUACAGUUUGUGAAGAGGCUUCUUUUUCAUGUCAGCAUGAAUUAUUCGAGUUAUGCUUUGGGGCGUUUUGUAUUGCAGCGAUACAGACGCGUGUGCCACCUUGAUGUUUGCUGGUUAGUUAGUUAGUUAGUUAGUUAGUUUGUUUGUCUUUGUUCAAAAGUAUUAAAGUAACUUUUUGUUGGACUAUUGAAGUUAAUAAAAGAUUUCUCGAAUUGCAA